CCAGGAGGCCACGCGUAGGCGGGGCGCUUUACCCGGAAGCUUGCAGCCUCGGGUCCCGUCCAUCUCUUGUUUCAGGCAGUGGACGACCCUGGGGGGACCCGCGCCCAUCAGUCCGGAGCGCGAGUGCCCGCUAGGGGGUACCCGGCCAGAUUGAAGUCAUGGCCAUUCUUUUUGCCGUUGUUGCCAGGGGAACCACUAUUCUUGCCAAACAUGCUUGGUGUGGAGGAAACUUCCUGGAGGUGACAGAGCAGAUUCUGGCUAAGAUACCUUCUGAAAAUAAUAAACUAACUUACUCUCAUGGCAAUUAUUUGUUUCACUACAUCUGCCAGGACAGGAUUGUGUAUCUUUGCAUCACGGAUGACGAUUUCGAGCGUUCUCGGGCCUUCGGUUUUUUGAAUGAAGUGAAGAAGAGGUUCCAGACCACAUAUGGCUCGAGAGCACAGACCGCACUUCCCUAUGCCAUGAACAGUGAGUUUUCGAGCGUUCUGGCUGCACAACUGAAGCAUCACUCCGAGAAUCAGAGCCUGGACAGAGUGACGGAGACUCAAGCCCAAGUGGACGAACUGAAAGGCAUCAUGGUCAGAAACAUAGAUCUAGUUGCUCAGCGUGGAGAAAGGCUAGAAUUGCUGAUAGAUAAAACAGAAAACCUCGUAGAUUCGUCCGUCACCUUCAAGACGACCAGCAGGAACCUUGCCCGGGCCAUGUGCGUGAAGAACGUCAAGCUCACUGCCAUCAUCGUCGUUGUAUCGAUUGUGUUCAUCUACAUCAUCGUGUCUCCACUGUGCGGUGGCUUCACGUGGCCAAGCUGUGUGAAGAAAUAAAGGAAAAAAAUCACUGUUCACCAAGGAUGUGAGCAUGGAAGGAGGAAAAGCCAAUGCGUGUGGCCCUGGCUUUCACUUCUCUCAGCAAACGCCAUUUCUUUCAUCCUCUUUCCUUUUUCUCUUUGCCCAUCACACGGUUUGUGUUAACGAAUUUCACAUCGAGUCGUUGUGCACAGGAGAAAGGACAUCGUUUGUUCCUCCGAUUUGUUAAGUAGAAGCUUCUAGAAAGACAUCUUUGCUUCUAACAUGCAAAGCUUUUGCCAAAGUGGAAACGGCUGCGCUCACGACCUGUCUGUGAACUCACGACCUGUCUGCUAAACCUGUCUGUGACGUUGUGUGUUGACACAAAGCACUGGGAAACGGGUUGCACCGCUGACAUCUCACUUUAGUCUCUUUCGUUGUGGGAGAAUUUUGAGUGCUUCACAAUAAUGGAGAAAUUUGGGAAUUAUAAUAAAUUACAAUAAAUGGUCGGUGCUGCUUAUGUCCAGGAGCCCAUCCGGGUAACGGUUAACGUUGAAUUUUAUCUCAGUGAGGUGGGAAAUGCCUUCAAUACCUCAAGGACCAUGGGUUAGCUGGAUCCUAUGGUCCAAUGGGUAGAGCAGCCUGACGGCAGCCCAGACCUGUUGAAGAGCCGUGGGUUCCAGGCCCCACACAAGCGAGCAUUUUGAUUGACAGACCAUUAGAAGCACAAGGAUGACCCUUCCUUCUCCCAGCUUUGGCUUUCUGAAAUGAAGUCCCGGACAUUAUUUAUUCACUCUGCACAUAGUUUAACACUUUCUGUUUAUCCAUUACCAAUUCGAACUGAGAUUAAGUAAAGGAUUGGGGUUGGGGAUUUAGCUCAGUGGUAGAGCGCUUGCCUAGGAAGCGCAAGGCCCUGGGUUCGGUCCCCAGCUCCGAAAUAAAAGAACCAAAAAAAAAAAAAAAAGAAAAAAAGUAAAGGAUUGUGGGUUUUACAUAUUUUCCUUCCAUACAUAUUUGGGGCAAACGUGGUAAUAAAAUUCGUAAUGGAAGAGAGGGGAGGCCAAUGCCUCUGUGUCACCAAAGACAAAGAAUGGAGCCAUACUAGAAGUGCAUGCAUUUAACCUCACAACAUACAAUAAUGUGGGAUUUUUUUUUUUUCCCAUUCUGGGAAAAGCCCAAACUGAACACGGUCAGAAGUCAACUCCUCGAUUCAGAUUUGACUUUUUUGAAUAAUGGUUUGAUCUUUCUUUGUGAUUUACCUAAUCCUUCAAUCUGCCUACUUUUGAAUAAUUAAAUUUGAAUUCAAAUUACUUUUGAAUUAAAACAUGAAAGAGUUUUAAUACAUAGUAUAAUAAUAUAGAAACAAUAUAUAAUAUCUUAACAUAUAUUUAUUGUCAUAAGAAAAUCGGAGUGUGAUGUUGCUCCCUCUCCUUUGGCAUCAUUCAGUAGUCGGUGAUUAUCUGAGAAGAAGAAAAUUUUUUUCCUGCCUAUUAUUGAAUUUAUUUAUGAAAAGGUGAAACUGAACAGAAGUGAUGUCUCAUUUUACUCUCUUCCCAGUGAAACAAUAAAUUAGUAUCUUGAACUCAGCCCACUGUUAGCCUAGUCAUGUGCCUUGAAUAUCUGUGUCCUAUAAACAGGAACCUUCCACGUUCACAAUAACUGCUUGAUUUGUUUAGUAAUCGAAUGCACACAGGAACUCUUUUGGUCAUAGGGUAUAAUGCUGUUGUUCUUUCUAGACAUUUUUAUGAGCGCUGUUCAUUGUAAUUAUAUAAUUAUUUCCUAUUAGGAAAUACAUUCACUCUCAAAAGAAAAAAAUAGACAUUCCCAAAUAAUGAUUUCAAAUAAAGGCUUAAAAUUUAUUUCUCUUUCUUAUAAAAACUGAAUAAGAUUUUUGUGCAUGCUUUAGGGUUUAAUUACUUAAGAGUUUCUUGUUCUAUUUAUGAGUAGGAAUGCUUUCAAAGGCACAAGUAUCCAUGUAAAUGAUACACAAAUUAAAGACAUUAAUAAAAUUUAAGAAUACUACAUCGAGUUUCUUCUUGGCCAAGUACAUUCAAAUCAUGAUGCCUCACUUCACAUCAAACCACAGAUAAUUUGUACUUGAAGAAAGAGGUUGAGCUCAAUGUUCUGAUAUUUCUAAGUCAAUUAUUAUAUUUCUAUAAUAGUAGUAAAAAUUUUAUGUAAAAUAA